UUCUUGGGAAACAGACGAUGAAUUGAUGACAAGUUGAAAUUUAUGAAAUGUCUUGAUAUUUCUGGAAAAACUGCUGUAGAACAGUUGUAUCUGGGUGUGGCAACAUAGGUUGCUCUUUAAUGUGGCAGUGACCUGGGGUUCGGUGGCAAGAAAGGAAAGGAAUCUAGUGGUACCCGGCGUUCAGCGGUAGCUGUAGCCCUGGAGAAGCUUGCACCAUGGGGAAGUUGAUGUCCAAGGUGUUUGGUAACAAAGAGAUGAGGAUAUUGAUGUUGGGGUUAGAUGCAGCGGGAAAAACCACUAUUCUAUACAAGUUGAAAUUAGGCCAGUCUGUUACAACUAUACCAACUGUUGGGUUCAAUGUGGAAUCAGUCAACUAUAAAAAAGUCAAAUUUAGUGUGUGGGAUGUAGGUGGCCAAGACAAAAUCCGUCCACUGUGGCGACACUACUAUACAGGUACCCAGGGCCUUAUCUUUGUGGUAGACUGUGCUGAUCGGGACAGGAUAGACGAAGCUAGAACAGAACUGCAUAGGAUAAUAAAUGACCGAGAAAUGAGAGACGCCAUAAUAUUAAUAUAUGCCAACAAGCAGGAUUUACCAGAAGCCAUGAAGCCUCAUGAAAUUCAGGAAAAAUUAGGAUUAACACGGAUUCGUGACAGGAACUGGUAUGUUCAGCCGUCUUGUGCUACGACAGGGGACGGACUGUAUGAAGGACUUACGUGGUUAACAUCAAACUAUAAAACAUUUUAACAUUGAUGCCAAGGAUAUCACAGCACGCCUGUAACGUUUCAACUUCCAUAUACUCAUCAUCAUCCAUAUUUCAGCAGUUUUAACUGGGAAUCCUGUGUGCGUGUGAGUGUGUGUGUUUGCACUUACAGGUCAAUGCCCUCGAGGAUUGAGUUGGGAGGAAGAGGAUAUUAAAUACACACACGACGUUUGCUUUUAAUGAAAUGCACAGCUGUGCCACAGAGAUGAGUAACUCACAAUUCCUGCAGAAGGUUGUCAGGAGCUUGUAUAUAUGAUGAUGGUAUAUGUAUCUGCGUAUAUAUAUAUAUGAUAGAUAUUACUGAUGUGUACAGAUGGGUGUUGACAGAGACAUUGCCUGGGAGACAUGUAUGCAUUUUAUAUGAUCAGUCAGAGGAAGUUACUCUUCCUGCAAGAAUUGUGACAACCAAUCAGAUGGCUUGUAUUAGAAAGUGCCCAAGUCUUCCAAGAUGGGAAGUGGUUUCCUUAAGCGGUGAAGAUGAGUGCUUUUGGGCUGUCAACCAGCUAAUCAGAUCUAUCGUAUAUGUAGCUGUAAUCAGGAAAUUACUCUGGAACUUUUAACUUGGCCAAUAUUCAAGAAAGUUUUCAAGGGCAUCAGUGAAUGGCUAAAGUUCUUGUUGCUAAAUGAAAUUACUUCCUGAGAUAAUGGUUGUGCUGUGAACAUGUUAAUCACCCGACACAGACUCAUCUACACAUAUACUUUUAUAGAUUUGUUAGUUUUGCCCUUUGCAGUACAAGAAAAGGUUCCCAGACCAUCACACUCUUGAUACAUUUACCUUUCAGUGAAGUAUAAACAUGCCACAUUAAGAUCAUAAGGAUUCAGAAUGAUUUUUUUUUUAUACUAGAAUCAAGAAAGGUUGGGAAAACUUUUGUUAAAGCUGUGUUGAGUCUUUUGGCUUUGUUUUUAAAACUUUCUUAAUUUAAAGUAAAGAUGCAUUUUUGUUUUAAUAAGACAACUCUUCGUUUUGAAUUUUUCCUGCUGUUUUGGACUUGAAAUAUAUUUUUGUGUAAAGUUAUGUUUCAUGGUUGUCCACAGCCUGUUCGUUUAGGAUUAAAACUAUGGCACUGGCGCCAAUUACUAUUAUGGGAUAUUUUGGUUCCGAUUGAAUUCUUGGUGCCAGCAUUAUUCAAACAUUCUAGAGGCUUAGAGAGGUUCGAACCAGAUCUGGUUUCUCUACUUGAUUUGUCGUGAUCUAACCUGUGCAGCAAAUGUUUUAAGGAUGUAGCACCACUGUGGCAUUUGUUUUUCUGCAGAAACAUAGCCAUCAGAAUAAAUGUUCAAUAAGAACAAGUAGUAAGUUGUAGGAUUGACAUCUAUACUCCUGAAGAAAAACUGACCAGUGGCAAUGAUCCAUGUUAUUAGUUUGAUAGUAGUCAGAUAGGUGGUGAUUCUUUCUUGGUGGAGAGUUUUAGGUUGUUUGUUUCAUGAGAUCACAUGUACUGUAUGUCAGCAUAAAAAGUGGCCAUGAAGUGAGUAUUGUGUUUGAUGAAGUGUAAAUUGCACCAGAAUAUUCCCACACAAAUUCUAACCACAUCACCACAGUUAAUGAUCACUGCCUUAGAUCCUUCUAGCCAGUGUCUGCUUCAUAAAGCACACAAAGAAUUUAUGCCAGUGGAACAUGCUAUGCCGUAUAUUGGCAUGACAGUUUCUGUUACGUAUUUGUAGCAAAAAAUUGUGAAAUAAGAUCAAGGAAUAUUCUCUAUCUGCAUUAACCAUGACCUUGAUAACAAUAUUUACAGUGAUGGUACCAGGCAUGCCAUCUCGUAUUCAUUGGUCUCGAGAGGUUGCUCAAGGACCAACAUUGUUUAAUAAUGUAAGCCUAAUGCCCGUGGUCAGAGGGGAAUACUACUAUUGUAUUUGCUACACUUCAAAUUGUGACUUGUUCUUGUAUGGACAGGCUUUUUUUCCAACUUGUGCUCUGACAUAGUAACCUGUAAGAGUACAAACCUUGAGAAUAUUUUGAGUUCUUCAAGCUUCAAAUUCACAAAAGCUCUAUUAAUAGGUGAUUAAAAUUUAAUGCUUUGUACUGUAGUAAUGAAAGCAUGCUUAUUGUGUAUUGGUUGUUGCUUCAAAUUUAAGACUGAGUUUGAUAUCUUGAUGUAAGUUAGGCACUGAAACAGGUUAGUUUGAGAUCAACGAAAAUGCUAGUUGAAACUGAGAUUGUUUCAGUGUCUGCAAGUCUACAAGUGAUGAUGUAUGUAAUUCCUGAUGGACUGGUAUUCUGUGCCUAGAACCUUCACUGAGCUGCUUUCUGACUCAGCCAUUAUCUGUAUAUUCAGGCCAUGGUUCAGCAAGAACUAAGGACACUAAGUUAGUGUGCUAUAAUUACAGACAUGUGUACUGUGGUAUUUGCGUAUUCCAGUUUCAUGCGCAGUUUCCAUCGUGUACAAAUACAUUUUGCAUAUAUAUUGUCAGAAAAGGUCUGAUUGUUAUAAAGCCCAAACCUUUUUCUGUACAAGCUGUAAAUCAGUAUCCUUAUACAUGUUCAUGUAUAUGUGCAUUUACACCACAACUGUGAAGUUUUGUAUGAAAUGUUAAGUUACAAAAACAACUUUGCCAGUGUUGACCCUUGUAUGAAUGAAUAAGAAUUACAUAUAUGUUUAACGCAUCUAUUGUUUUUCUAUUUUUUACUUUUAUUUAUAUUUUUUUUCAAUGAAAUCUUCACAUGUGAGCUUUUUUCUUGUCAUUGUUCAGCUGUUUAUAAAGUGUCCCAAGCUAUUAUUCAGAGGGUUCUAUAGAAAUGUAGACAAUGCAUGCUGUAUACUUUUUACAGGAUACAUCAGGCUUAUCAAACCAUGUUUCUGCUAUCAUCAUGUUUUGUUUAGCGGUUGUUUUUUUUUUCAA